AUGGAACACAACAUCGUUGCCCAUCUGUACCCGUGUAGCCAAAAUUUUCAGAUGGUAGUAGCCGCGAUGCAGGCGAAUCCGCGCCUAAGCUUUGACGAUCUCAACCGCCCCAUCAUCCAAGACUUGAGUUCUCUCGUGGGAACUCAAGUCACCUACGACGGGGACGGCAAGGGCGUCCGGAGGGAUUUUCGCUGGAUCGUCGGCGGCGACGAUCACCCUCGAAAAGCGAGUAGCAUUAUCAUUACAAUUCCCGACACGGUUUCCCUCCAAAUUGUAGUCCAACCCCAGAACAUCGAAUCUCCGGCUUAUGUCAACGGGGUCAGGCGGUUCAAGCAGGGUGCGGCCACUACUGAUGCUCUUCUCAAUGAGCUGGGUCUCUCGAAUCCGCCGACCAGAGGAACACAGACACCCGCUUCAGGCGAGAUCUACUUGAAAAGGAAAAUCGGUCGUGGGACCUUUGGGGUUGUGAGGUGCUUCUGGAACGUCAGUACCGGGGAGGAGCGAGCGGUAAAAACGCCUCACCGCAGUGCAAUUGAAAACGGGCAGGUUGAUCAUGCCGCGUGGGCACGUGAAGCUCGCAUUAUGAGCCUGAUUUCGCAUCCCCAUAUCGUGAAACUCAUCGAGUCAUUUUUUCACCCGCAACCUGAACUACACCUUGAAUACAUGCCCUACGGGUCUCUCCAGCAUUGGAUCAAGCACAGGAAGGGUAUAUCAUACCCUGAGACCGUCACAAUCACUCAUCAAUGUUUAUCGGCUCUGGCAUAUCUACAUGGGCAAGCUACACCAAUCGCGCACCGAGAUAUCAAGCCAACCAAUAUCCUUAUCCAGACUCGCUCUAGGGGCGCUAUCAUUUUUGUCAAGCUAUCCGACUUCGGAACGGCACGGCCUGACUUGGAUUUAUCGACUUACUGCGGCACACAUCUAUAUCUUGCGCCAGAGGUCCACUUAGACGAGCAACGCCGUGUCAGACUCGAGAGGACCUUGGGUCACGCCACGACUGUUGAUAUCUGGUCUCUUGGUGUGGUGGCGUACCAACUGUUAUACAGUCUACGAGGGUGCACGGGUCUUGGGGUGGCCUUGUGCGAAAGCAUUGAAAGAGAGCUCCGAGAGAAUGUCCGGAGAACACCAGUUGCACUGGGAUCGAUAUUGGUCAGAUGCAUGGUAGUCAUGUCCCCAGCGGCACGGUGGUCGGCUAGCCAGUGCUGCAACAUGCUUGAAGAAAUGCUCAGAACCGAGAGAGGUUUCUUUCAAGGAUUGACUUCAGCUUCAUCCUCCGCGGGUGAGGACCAAGCGACGCUUACUCCUAAGCCGCCUUCGUCCGCAUUGACGAUCAACCAAUACGACGUGUCCCAAGCACCACGGUAUAACAAUUUGCAGCACGAGGGCUAUGAACUGGAUGCUGUCUUUAAAGACCACUCUGCGUCUGGGCUCAAUCGCUAUCAUUAUGGAUCUAGCAUCGCGGAAGAGUUCGGAGGGAACGAUUCGGAAGAUUGGGCGAGCGACUUUUGUCAAGAAUCCUUGCAGAGCCAGACCGAAGUGCAAGGAUCCUCGCAGAGCCAAAUUGAAGUUGCUGGCUCACAGGCAAGGACGAGAACCAGCAUCCCGCGCGGCGAGAGCGAAGGAUGGCGCUUACAAGGAGGCAAUGCAAUCGACGCUGAUGAUGACGAGGAAAAGAAAGAGGCGGCAUUGCUACGUGAAGCCAUCGGCGGCUCUUACCGAUUGCGUGAGAUGAACAGUUGA